UGUGGGUGUGACUGGAAAUAAAGCUGAUUGGCAAACAGCUGUAAAACUUUUUUUAAAUGGAGUCAGACUUUAACCAUGGGAGGGCAUGUGACACGUAAUGGAAAGUUAUCUAAGGUUCCCUGUUACUGUGACUUGCACAUUCUAAAGCGAGUGCUCCACGUUACACAAGAGCGGAAGACCAAACCUCCAUGGAAUGUCUCCGAGUGCAGAGAUCAAGCUGGUGGUGACCGGAGAUGAUUUUGGAUACUGUCCUCGUAGAGAUAUGGGCAUUGUCGAGUGUUUCCAUGCUGGAGGCCUGUCCAACGUCUCUCUUCUGGUGAAUGGUAGUUCUGCAGCUAGUGCGGCUGACCUAGCAAGGAGGUUUAAGAUUCCCAUUGGUCUUCAUGCCAACCUCUCAGAAGGAUUACCGGUAUGUGCAGAGCUUCGGCAGAACUCCACCCUCAUCAACGCUCAGGGUGUCUUUCUUGGGAAGAUGGGUAUACGCAAAUCGCUGGCACAGGGACUACUAAACAUGUCAGAGGUUCGGCAGGAGUUGCAGGCACAGAUCAGUUUAUUUCGUGUGUUGACAGGACAGAAUCCUCAACAUAUGGAUGGACAUCAACAUGUUCAUAUAUUACCAGGAAUCAGAGAAGAGUUUGCUCGUGUGCUCCAGGAGAAUGACGUUCGUUACACACGCCUGCCGGUUGAGCUAGGACUUCACAGGUGCAUCUGGAUCCGGGAGGAACUGAUGGAGUUCAACAGAGGGGUAGAGAAAGAUGCCCUGAAUUCAGUGGAGGUGUUCAGGAGCCAUGCCAUAAGGUGGCCCAACCUAUACAUUGGCCUUAGCACCAUGGGGAACAAAAUGUCCGUAUUUAACAUUCAGAGAGCCAUUGAAUAUGGAAUAGAGUCACUGGACAGCAGCCUAUCCGAAGUGCAUUCAAUGCAGAGCCUGCCUUGGCAGCCUGGUACCAGUGUAAGCAUUGAACUCAUGACACAUCCGGGGUACCCUAGCUUGCCCCAUGAAGGGGGCUGUGGAGAGGGUCCAGAUGAUUUCUCACAGUCAAGUGAAAGACUUCACGAGUUAGAGGUGCUAAAAUCCUCAUUAUUACAGAGUUAUUUUAAUAAAACUGGAAUGUGCCUGUGUAGUUUCAAAGACCUUUGACAAAUGAAACACCACAAAAUAAUCAUCUUGUGCCUCUUAAUCAUCACUGAUGCGUGCUAUGUACUGGUUUUCAACAUUGUUCUAGUACCAUCUACCUCCUCCAGUAGUUCAGGGCUGCCCAAAUGUAGAUCUUUUGAGAAUAUACAUAACUUGGCUUCUACUGACACAACAAGUGUAAGAGACUAGCACUGGCUGGUUCUAUUUUACCUUGAACCAUUUUUCUUUUUUUUGGCCAGCAGCUGAUGUCAGGGGUUGCGUCUGAUUAACAGGUUGUAUGGUAACCUACACCAGAAACCAGCAGAUUACAUUUUAAUCAGGUGAAGGGCGUUAAUUCACAUCCAUAAUUAGCGAGGGUACACACAACCUCUCGAAAUGUAAGUGUGAAGCGCUGCAGCCUUGGUAAAUGCCUUGGCCUAUGCUUUCUACUGAUCAAGUGAAUUGCAGCCAUAAUAAAAAAGUGAAAUAUCCAUGUCAGUUUUAAUAAUUACAUUCUAUAAUGAUAAAUAUUGUAUACAUUAUGCGUUUGUAUUUUUUUUUAUAAAAACUGGUAAAUGAAUCCAAGGGAAUACUGGCAGCAUUCGGCCCGGGACCAAGCCCAGCCAAACAUCCCGAUGAUGUUGCAGUCCAGAACGCAUUUGGCCUACCCAAUCCCCAAUCUCUUUUUUCCUGUCUGACACACAUUCACCAAGAAGAAUGAAAGGCGGCAGCCAGUAAGCAGGUGAAAGCAGAACUCCCACAAUUGUUUUUAAUUACUAGCAUAUUAAAAUUAAGUCAAAAAAUA